GGGUGAAGGGAGAGGGGAGAGGGGGGUAGGUAAGUCUCAGUGAUGCUCCAGUCUUCAUUCACUCCCCUCGCGCGGACAAACGCGGAGCUGAUGCGCGGUUUGUUCACGGUUGAAGUUGGACCUGUUUCUGACCUGUUGCAUGACUUUUUUUUUACAUGCAAGCUGUGUACAAUACCAACCCCUGCGUUCCAGGGCUGCUUAGAUGUUCGUCCAACUAAACUGUCAUGUAGUUCAGAUAGUAAAAAAGUUUUGUUUUCUUUAAGGUAGAGAAAAAUAAAUAAGGCACGUGCAUGUAAACGGUGAUAGCGAGACACGCGUUUGACAGCAUGGCGGAAACGCACUGUACCGUUCACCGGAUCCCCGUCACCCCGGAGCCCUGAGAGCGGACGGCAGCGGGAUAUCAGUCCGUGGAAGAUCAACCGGAAAGCGUGAAGCGCGGAGCCGAAAUGGUGCUCACGCGGUGCGCGUUCAUGCGCGCGUGCCUCGCGCUGCUCAUGCAAGCCAGCCAGUGGAGCGCCAGGGAGAGCUCGAGCUGCGACCUCAACAGGAAGCAAAGUGAGCUCAAUUCCUUCCUGUGGACAAUUAAGCGUGACCCACCGUCGUAUUUCUACGGCACCAUCCACGUGCCCUACACAAGGGUUUGGGACUACAUCCCAGAGAACUCCAAAAAAGCCUUCCAGGAGAGCAAUAUUGUGUACUUUGAACUGGACCUCACCGACCCGUACACUAUUUCAGCACUGACGCGGUGCCAGCUGCUACCGCAAGGUGAGAACCUGCAGGACGUUCUGCCGAGAGACAUUUACCGCCGCUUGAAGAGGCAUCUGGAGUACGUCAAGCUCAUGAUGCCAUCGUGGAUGACUCCAGAUCAGAGGGGAAAGGGUCUGUAUGCUGAUUACCUAUUCAACGCCAUUGCAGGUAACUGGGAGCGCAAACGACCUGUAUGGGUCAUGCUCAUGGUGAACUCGCUGACUGAGGCGGACAUUAAGACACGUGGUGUUCCAGUGCUGGACCUCUACCUGGCUCAGGAGGCAGAGAGGAUGAAGAAGAAGACGGGGGCGGUGGAGAAGGUUGAGGAGCAGUGUCAUCCUCUCAACGGGUUGAACUUCUCCCAGGUGAUUUUUGCCCUGAAUCAGACGCUGCUUCAGCAGGAGAGUCUCCGGGCCGGGAGUCUGCAGGUCCCCUACACCACUGAGGACCUCAUUAAGCACUACAACUGUGGUGAUCUUAACUCCAUCAUAUUCAACCACGACACUUCACAGGUGCCCAACUUCAACAACGUCACUCUGCCUCCUAGUGAACAGAUCACAGCUCAGGAGAUUGACAGCUACUUCCGUCAGGAGCUCAUCUACAAGCGCAAUGAGCGGAUGGGCAAGAGGGUCAAAGCUUUGCUGGAGGAACAUCCUGACAAGAGCUUUUUCUUCGCUUUCGGUGCAGGUCACUUCCUGGGCAACAACACUGUGAUCGAUGUUCUGAGAAGCCAAGGCUACGAGGUGGAGCACACGCCAGCUGGCCAGCCCAUUAGCAGUGGCAAAAGAUCCAGCCAUCCUACAGACAGAGAGGAUGAUAACGCAUCAGAUGUGGAGUCACCAAUUGAAGCCUUCUUCCAUGAAGACCAAGAAUGGCGUCCCAUGGAGGAAGAGGAGGAUACUCCACCCCAUUUGCUGCUCCCGGACAGCUUGGAGCUUCUUGAGAAGGUGGAGCGCAAGCUGAAGAAGAAACGGCGCAACAGGCUAAAGAAGCAACGCCACCGGCAGUUCAAUGACCUCUGGGUCCGCAUGGAGGAGAGCACAACGCUAGAACCACCUCAGCCGGUCGUCCGCAUAAUAAACGGCUACAUCACGGUCCAGUCCGAUUCACAAGCUCAUGGAAGGUCCGAUCACGACAGGACAUUUUCAGGCUCCACCCACACAAUGGGAGGGGCUUCCUUCACCAUGCUGAUAUUGUGCCUUCAGGUGAUGGUGCUUCUUGGCUUAAACCAUUAAAGCAUCUAUGUGACCUCGAGCUUGACCUUGUGACGUCCCACACUUCAGAAAGACUCUCAGAGUGAAGAAAAAGACUGCUGUACGUUCUCCUUUAAAGAGUUCUUCAUUUUCUGAAGGACUGCAACUGAUUCGCUGCAAUCGAGUGCAGACUCUGUAAAUACCAAAUGUAUCAUAGAUGUAAUUUAGAGACAUGAAUAAAAAUGGAUGCUUCUUGUUCAUUUUUAUAUAUAAAUAAGAUUCGCUAUAUUUUUGUGACUAAAUGAGAUACUAACAAACUUUUUUUUUAUGCCAUAACUCCCUUAUUCAGGGAAAGCAAUGCUUCACUAUUUACAUUCAUCCUCGAAUGUGUUUGCUUUUUUAUUACAAGGAAUUUAUUUGUUUAAUUUAUUAAAUAUAUAGCUUUAGUUCAAUCUUAUUAUUAUUAUUAUUAUUAUUAUUAUUAUUAUUAUUAUUAUUAUUAUUAUUAUUAUUAUUGUGUUCCGACAGCUCUUUCUGGUUCAGACUGGCUCUUUUUUCCGUGCUUUCUAAAGAUUUUCCGUACGACCGUCAUACACUAGAACAAUAACAUACAGUACACAUAUGUGGCACCGAGUUAUGAUUCUGUGAUCGAAAAUAAAAUAUUUAAAAUAUUCAAUAAACUAUUUAUCUAGUUAAAGUCUCAUGUGUGAAAAGAAGAAAAAAAAUCAGGAAUGCUUGAUUUUAUUAAGUGUGUCAAAUGGCUUGGUGCCUGUUUAGAACAGAGCGGAGCUCCAGGGGAAUUUUAUUACACGAUCGUCAACUUCCUUAAAGGUUGCCACGGAACAGCGUUCGCCAAUGAGACAUCACCUAUCCAGUUGGGAGAAAACGAUGAGGCGUUUUCAGGGCACAUCUGGAGCUUUGCUGUUCAGGGUCAAAUCGACAACAUCUUCAGCGCAGCUUUUCACAGCUUUCUUUAAAUGCUGAAUGAAAAGUUUAGGAUUUUUCAACACAUUUAAUGGAUCAACGGUGGGCACCAGAUGGCUCGCAUUUUAUUCCGCACACAAGAACCCGAGUCAUUUUUCAUGGUUCACUUGUGGAACAUGAAGACCCAGAUGUUAUAAAAAAAACCAAAACUUGGUAUCUGGCAACCGGGCUCCAUAUUGUUUUAUAUGUACGUGUUAAAAAUCCGCCGCAUUGGCCAAAAAGGAAGAAAUUCAUCUUGAUCUGGGUGGAGAAACACAGCUCAGGAUGUAUUUUGUCUCCACUGAUUUAGCCAUCACUGCCUGGCGUCUGAGCCGUGUUGGGGAAAAUGAUUCAGUUUAGCUUAUUUGUGUAUGUUUUAUUAGCUAUGACUUUGAGUGGACAUUACAGCAUGUGCGCUGUGUGAGCCAUGUUUGCAGCAAGCUCGAGGGGUUUGAAAUGUAACGUGUAAACAGUUCACUGCCCUUGUAAUUGUGGCUUUGCUUUUAUUCAGAUGUAAUGGACUUCACGCGGUUGAGGUUGCUAGAAAUAUUUGGAUACAUCAAGCAGAUAACAUGUCUGGUUCCAGCUGACAUUAAAGCGGCUAUAAAUCUAU